AUGCAUUUCCUUUCCCCCAUACCUUUGUCUCUAAAACUGUCAAGAAAGGAAGGAUCCACGUCAAUUCCAGUCUCCUUCAACAUCAUCACGCCUGGACUAAAGCAUUUAGUUUUGGAGCCACGUGAGCAACGUCACGCCCUAAGGAGCAUUGAGACGGUGGAUACUAGUACAGUUACCCGGGCGCCCAUGCAUAGUCGGUACCCGCCUAGUCAGCCGUACCAGCAAGAAAAAUCGGUAACGAUUAUGAAGGAUAACUUCCAAGGACCGACGCCGUACAAUAUCAGUAACCCUGGAGCACAGACAGGUUCAAGUGGGCAGCAAUACCCCACAACCGCGCCGUCAUCGUCACCUUGGCAGUCACAGGAGUAUGAAAAGAGGCAUGGAUUCUCCCCAAGGCGAGAAGCUAUCCCCCAUCGUGGAAGGUCGGUGGAAAGAAGACCAUCCCCAUCUGCUAGGAGAAUAUCACCCACCGGUAGAAGAGUUUCUCCCCAUGCGAGGAAAUUUUCACCUACUGGAAAAAGAUCGUCGCCUGAUCGUCACGUACCGCCACAUCACACCGCUCCGCACCCCCAUCACCUAGGAAGGCGCGAGUCCCCCCACAAGAGACCGUCUCCAAUGAGGCGGCUGGUUUCUCCGCCUAGAAGAACUUCACCUGGCCGCAGACCAUCUCCUGGAAGACGGGACUCUCCGCAGAGAAUGAACAGGUACUCGCCGGACCGUCACCACUCGGACAAGCUAGAUAAGUUCGGACAGGACAAGUUGAAACAAGUCCGGCCUGCGUACGAGCCCAACAGUCACGCAUCAAACCAAGCUAUGUACUCAGGUGGUUACCGUUCAGACGUCCGCGAGAGUAUUCAGUAUCCAAUGCAGGGGGUGAGACAGGGCCAGCGCAUCUCACCGUGGCAAAGAGACGAACCUAUCGCUUUAAAGAAACCAGAUGACGACAGACGUGACAUCACAAGGAUGCAGAUGGGUAGAGAUCGCAUACCCGACGCGGUGGUAGAUCCAAAACACGGAAUCACUUCGCAAAGGAAGUCUCGCUCACCAGUCCGACGAGAAAGAUCUCCGCUGCGAGACCGCUACAAGAGGCACUCCCCCUCCCCUCGCUCUUCUCACUCACCGCGCCGCUCCUGGGCUCUCGAGAAACGUCGCAGUCCCGAGAUACGCGACGCGCCACCACCCCCAUCCUGGCCGGGACAGAAAGGACGCGAGGCUGAGUCCUUCACUAGAACCACUCGAACGUUCCCUGAGAGAGAGCAGAACGAGGGUCCCAAACAUGUUCCAGUAUGGCAGCGACCAUUCGGAAAAGACGAAGAUCCACGCGACAGACGUCCCGACAAUACUGAGCGAAGACCAUUUAUCGAAGAUAAAGUUCGACCCACCAAGGAAGUGCCGGUGAGAGAACCAGUGCCGCACUCCAGCCACAAUGAGCGCUUCGUUCAAAGGGAACCGAAAUUCUCUCCACGUGAUGAUUACGAAGCAGACCGCCGUGAUACUUACCGUCGGCGAGAGCCUUCAGUUGAACGCAAACCUCAUCCUCAAAGGGAAGACUAUGAACAAGUUCGUAGACCACGGGAGCACGAGGAACGCAUACAAUCUGAUGAAUACGAUCGCCGUAGAGAGCCAUCACCCCGCCGAGACAGUAGGAAAGAUGAUGCCGUUAAUCCGAACAUCGAUAAAGAUUUUGAAGACAUCUACAAAAGAGCUUUACAGUUCAAAAAGAAAGCGGAGGAAUUACGUCGGUUGGGUUCCAAGAAAAGGGACGAUUAUGUGGAAGACGAAGCGAGGAGCUACCACAGCGAGAGAGAACGCGACGAUAGAUCGCAGCGAUAUGAGGACCGACAUAGGUACCGCGAGGAAGAUCUUCAGCGGCACAGGGAACGUGAGGAGAGACCACGGGAUGAUAGACCGCGGGAUGAUAGACCGCGGGAUGAUAGACCGCGAGAUGAUAGGCCGCGGGACGAUAGACAACGGGACGACAGACUACGGGAUGACAGAUCGCGGGACGAUAGAUCAAGGGAUGAUAGACAGCGGGAUGAUAGACCGCGUGAGGAUAGGCCACGAGACGAUAGACCUCGUCACGAUACACGUCCGGAUGAAAUGCGCCGUCCGGAGUUCCGUCCUCGGGAGGAAUACUCGAAGCAACCUGAACGUGAACAAGACCGCCGGUUUACCGUCAACCCUGCUAUCAGGAUAAAACGCGACAAAGCCAUAGAGGAGAUAUGCAAGAAACUACUGGACAGACAUGAGCACUACCGGCCGGCCAAGGAGGAGCACAGGGCGCGAGUUAUGGAGGAACUACAGCUCGCCGUCGCACGCAUCGUGUUCGACAUGUUCGGAGACAGCGAUGUCGCCUUUAUCGAGAUCAUCAUCAAGUUCCAAGCCAAGUACACGUACAAGGACGAAGAGAAGAUAUUGCAGGACGUAAUGUCAUCGCUCCCUAGUCACUACAGAGUCAUCAAGAGACAGGCGCCAGAGUCGACGGAGGUUCCUGCCAAGACCGCUCGCCGCUCUGCGAGCCCCAACUUAAAGACAGGUAAGACGCGACACAUGACACACCUUCCCAGUGGACUCACCCGUGAUCAUGAGCCAGUAAGUCUUCACACGUCUCUUCCAUCUUUUCAGAGCCCGAUGCAAGACCCAAAUUAA